AUGACACGCACCACCGAGACCUCUAAAGCCUUGCGGGUGCAUGAGCUCAAAGAAUCAUGGGAGUUCAAGCAGACCGACUUGGACAAUUGGAUGCCAGUAAAGACUGUGCCCACCAAUGUACACCUCGACCUGAUUGCGAACAAUGUCAUUCCAGACCCUUUCCUCGGUUUCAACGAGCUCAAAUGUGAAUGGGUUGGGGACAAGAGUUGGACCUACAGAACAAGGCUCCCAGAAAUUGACUCUACGAGAGAGGGUCAGAUCCAUGAACUUGUUCUCGACGGCCUUGACACGUUCGCGACCGUCAAAGUCAAUGGCGAGGUCAUCCUGGAAAGCGACAAUAUGUUCAUUCCGUACAGGAUUGACAUCACGAAAAUCCUUAAAGACGGCAAAGAUAACACGCUGGAGAUUGACUUUCGUUCGGCAUUGGUGGAGGGUCGAAAGAUCAAGGACGCUCACCCUGAGCACAAAUGGGUUGGCUUCAAUGCAGACAUGGCCAGGCUUGCUACCAGAAAGGCUCAAUACCACUGGGGCUGGGACUGGGGCCCGGUACUGAUGACUUGUGGUCCAUGGCGAGCAGUCCGUUUGGAAACUUCAUAUGCUCGAAUCUCCGACAUGCGAGUGGAUUACGAUCUCAGCAAAUCACUCGAUGAUGUCGUUGUCCAUGUUUCGGUUUCCACCGAACGUUCUUCCGAAGCCGAUGUCAGGAUUUCUGUUCGUUCAGAAAGUGACCUGAUCUUCGAGAAGACGGUACCGGUUGACAGCAAAGGCAUCGCCAAGGCCGACUUCCACAUUUCUCAGCCCAAGCUAUGGUACCCUCAUGGUUAUGGCGAGCAAUCCAUGUAUACCUUUGAGGCUGUACUGGUCUUGAAACACAGCGAUAUACAGACGUGCAGCAAGCGGAUUGGCUUCCGCCGUGGCGAAUUGGUUCAAGAACCAGAUGAGAUCGGCAAGACCUUCUUCUUCAGAAUCAACGGCAUUGAUGUGUUCUGCGGCGGCUCUUGCUGGAUCCCGGCUGACAGCUUCACACCUCGAAUUACGAAAGCAAGAUACCAAUCGUGGCUGCAAACUAUGGUCGAUGGUUAUCAAGUCAUGAUAAGAAUUUGGGGUGGUGGUAUCUGGGAAGAGGAUGUCUUCUACGAUACCUGCGAUGAGCUCGGCAUUCUCGUUUGGCAAGACUUCAUGUUUGGUUGCGGCAACUAUCCCGCAGCUAUCAAAGAGUUCAGGGAAUCAGUCGAGACCGAGUGUAUUGCGCAAGUCAAGCGCAUCCGCCAUCAUCCGUCGAUCGUCAUCUAUGCUGGAAACAACGAAGAUUAUCAGGUGCAAGAGCAGUGUAGCCUCACAUACGACUAUGCCGAUAAGGAUCCAGAGAGCUGGCUCAAAACAGACUUCCCUGCCAGAUAUCUCUACGAAAAGAUGCUACCAGAGGUCGUUGCUUCCAAUUCACCUCAUGUACCUUAUCAUCCUGGAUCGCCCUGGGGCGACGGUCUCAUCUCCUCAAACCCAACCGUUGGCGAUAUGCAUCAGUGGAAUGUAUGGCACGGAACCCAGGAGAAGUACCAGAUCUACGACACUCUCGGUGGCAGAUUUAAUUCCGAGUUCGGGCUUGAGGCCCACGCACAUAUCGACACCAUAAAAUACUAUGUCACCGACCCAGCCGAGCUCUAUGUUCAAUCACAUAUGAUCGACUUUCACAACAAAGCGGAUGGUCACGAAAGAAGGAUCGCAACAUACUUGGUCGAGAACUUCCGCAUCACAGAUCCCAGCCUUGAGGCAUACAUUCACCUUACACAACUCAGCCAGUCAGAUGCUUUGAUGUACGGUUACCGUGGCUGGCGACAGCAGUGGGGACACGCAGUCAGCCCAUCCGCGUCGUCUCCUUAUGCGAAGACCAGACACUGCGGUGGUGCGCUUGUAUGGCAACUCAAUGAUUGUUGGCCUGUCACAUCAUGGUCCAUCAUCGACUACUUUCAGCGUAAGAAGCCGGCUUACUAUGCCAUGCGAAGAGUCCUGGCUCCUAUUGCUGUUGCCGUCAAGCGUGCACAUCAUGACUGGAGUGUUGUUCAUGCCAGACCAGCCAAGACAAGUUCUUAUGAGUGCUGGGUAUCGAGUAACAGCACAAAAGAAAUGACGGCAACUAAGGUGGAGCUUAGAUAUAUCUCCAUCGCUACCGGCAAGGAGAUCAAGCCAGCCUUGGUAAGGAGGAAAGUCAAGAUUACAGCGAACGGCACAACGAAUAUCUUCGACGGUGAGAUAAACAACGAGAAAGAAGAACCACACGUGCUUGCGGCAAGAAUCUGGAUAGAUGGAGAGGAUGGUGUUGCCUCGCGAGACAUCGAUUGGCCUCAACCGCUCAAGUACCUCAACAUGGAUGAAAGAGGAGUCAGGGUAGUCUUUGAUGAUGGCAAGAUUACAGUGACAUCAGACAAGCCCACGAAAGGUUUGGUGUUCGAGGAACGAGAAGGAGUUCUCGUGAACGAUAGCGCUAUUGACAUCGCGCCGGGAGACGAGCAGUUUAUCACAGUCAAGGGAUUGAAGCCUGGUGAUGCCCCUCUCAAGUGGCGUUACUAUGGACAAUAG